UACGUUCCCCAUCCCCACUUCAACCCCAUCCGUGCUUCUCUCUCUCCUUUGAACACCACCACCACCACCUUCCACAAUGAAGAACAAAAGGUGGUAGAUGCAUAAACCACCACCACCUCCUUGUAUCCAUUCUCUCAUGACUCACAACCCUCACGGCCUCCCUCACUACUUUCUCUUUCGGAUUCCUCCAUCUCUCCCUGAUUUCCUCCUAAAAUUCCGAUUUAUCCCACCUUGUACGCCACCAACCUUGGUCUUCUCCGUCUUUCUGGUCUUCAAGGAGUUGUUCUUUUAACUUGUUUGUGCCGUAAAAAAGCGCCCAUGCUAUCCUCUCUUGACUCUUUGAUUUCUUGGUGGGGGUUAAGGAAGAGCAGAACCAACCAUGGUGAGCAUAAGGAGACGCAGACUCCUAGGAUUUUCUACUGGGAUAUGUCCUUUUAUGGUUGAGCUUCCUAAGUCUAGUGAGAAUGGAAAUUAUUCUGAAAAUGCUAUCAAGAACGCCAGAACAGUUGAUGUGCAUCAAAUGCCUUCAGAGGAUGUCAGCAAGCCAAAGGAGAUAAAUGUAUCCGGUUCUGGCUUGUUAAAAGAGGAUCAACAUCAACAAUUUUCAGGGCAAGCAAUCAAACGAAGAAAGCGACACCGGAGGAGGAAGCAUUUGGAAAAUCAAGAGCCUUGUAUGAUGAGAGGUGUCUAUUUCAAGAAUAUGAAAUGGCAGGCAGCUAUAAAAGUUGACAAGAAGCAAAUCCACUUGGGAACUGUUGGUUCACAAGAAGAAGCUGCACGUUUGUAUGACAGGGCGGCAUUUAUGUGUGGGAGAGAACCCAACUUUGAGCUCUCAGAGGAAGAGAAGCAAGAACUAAUGCAAUUCAAUUGGGAUGAGUUCUUGACGUAUACUCGCAGUGCAAUUAAUAGUAAAAAACACCAGAGAAGGGUUGGUCCAGUGCGUUUGAAGAAGUCUGAAAUUCCAGUGAAGAAUGACGAUUCAGAUGAUGAGAGAGGAGCUGGUGGAUUUUCAGCAUCAGAGGAUAUGGAGCAAGACACUUCAAAUUCUUGAUUAUUGUGAUGUUCGGAGAGUAAGGCGAAGGCUCAUUAAAACCCAUCUUUAGCAAUCGGGUUUUAGGCAUUUGGCUUUCUCAUUUUUUGUAUAUAAAGGCCCCUAUUAGGGCAGCUUAUAGUUGAUUAUAUAUCUUUUAGUUGACCUUGAUGCCUUAAACUAAAAUAAACAAGUGUGUUUAUUUCAUCAUUAUUAAUGCUGUAGUUUCACUUCCAUCUUCAAAGAAAAUAUCCAAGCUGCAUUCUAUAA